AGGUAGGAGGAGAAGACCUCAUCCUGCCCUCCUGGAAGAGCUAAGAAGAACUGUUGGGGGAAUCCAGAAGAUAUCCAAAGAGAUUCUUAGGAGACCAGGUUUCACUGCCUUGGGCCAGCUCUAGUCUUCAGGGAAUCUGGAGCAAGCUAGGGGACACAAUCUAGGAAGAUGGUGGCUUUGAAGACCUGCUCUCUGUUGCUGGUGCUCCUGUUCCUGGCUGUUGGGCUGGGAGAAAAAGAAGAGGUUGAGUUCCGAUCCCAUGCUAAAUUUGCUGGCCCUCGACCUCGAGGUCCAAGGUACGCAGAGGGGACUUUCAUCAGUGAUUACAGCAUCGCCAUGGACAAGAUCCGACAACAAGACUUCGUGAACUGGCUGCUGGCACAGAGGGGGAAGAAGAGUGACUGGAAACACAACAUCACCCAGAGAGAGGCCCGGGCUUUGGUGCUGGCAGGGCAAUCUCAGGGAAAGGAGGACAAAGAGGCACAGGAGAGCUCUUUGCCCAAGAGCCUCAGUGAUGAUGAUGUGCUGAGAGACCUUCUGAUUCAAGAGCUACUGGCCUGGAUGGUGGACCAAACAGAGCUCUGCCGACUCAGGUCUCAGUGACUGACCUAGCCCAGAGCAGGACUGGACUCUGACCUUAGCUUGCUUGGCUCCUGCUUCCGCCCUGGUCCAAAGUCUCUGAGAGAACCAAACCAAUAAAGCCUUAAGCUGAAGUAAA